GAAAGAGAGAGCAGAAAUGAUGGGUUCUUGGGUUCAGACAUUGUUGUUCAUGUCGGUCUUGGUUCCUGCAUUGGUUGAGUGUAGGAUUCGGCAAUACCAUUUCGAUGUGGUGUUGAAAAACGAAACGAAGCUUUGCGCCACCAAGACGAUUGUGACCGUCAACAGCAAGUUUCCGGGGCCAACUCUUUAUGCUCGAGAGGACGACAACGUGCUCGUGAGGGUCACCAAUCAUGUUCAAUACAAUGUUACGAUCCACUGGCAUGGAGUCCGGCAGCUUCGAACCUGUUGGUCCGACGGACCGGCAUAUAUCACACAGUGUCCGAUUCAACCAGGCCAGAACUUCCUUUACAACUUCACAUUAACUGGUCAAAGAGGGACACUUCUUUGGCAUGCACAUAUUUCCUGGUUGAGAUCAACCAUGUAUGGUGCCAUUGUUAUCUUGCCUAAGAAAGGUGUCCCUUACCCGUUUCCGAAACCCGAUAAGGAAAAAGUCAUCAUAUUAGGGGAAUGGUGGAAAGCAGAUACUGAAGCUGUGGUGAACCAGGCAACGCAAACCGGUUUGCCUCCGAAUAUAUCGGAUGCACACACGAUUAAUGGCCAUACGGGACCGGUUCCUAGCUGUUCUUCUGAUGAUGCAUAUACUUUACAUGUCGAAACAGGAAAGAUCUAUUUACUUCGGGUUGUAAAUGCGGCAGUGAACGAUGAACUGUUCUUCAAGAUCGCAUACCACAAUCUGAUUGUCGUCGAAGUCGAUGCUGCGUACACGAAACCCUUUAAAACCGAUACGUUAUUUCUCGGUCCAGGACAAACCACAACUGCACUUCUUAAAGCAGAUCAGGGCACCGGGAAGUACUUAAUAGCUAUAUCGCCAUUCAUGGACACCAUUGUUGCAGUCGAUAACGUGACAGGAACUGGAUACAUAAGCUACAAUCGCAACCUUGCCUUUACACCGACUACCAUGGUCAGCAUUCCUGCCGUAAAUGCAACCCCGGUGACAUCGACCUUUUCUAAUUCACUUCGAAGCCUUAAUUCGAAAGACUAUCCAGCCAACGUCCCUUUAACCGUUGAUUACUCCCUACUUUUCACCAUCGGGGUCGGGAUCAACCCUUGUGCCACAUGUUUCAAUGGUAGCCGAGCCGUAGCGGAUAUUAACAACGUCUCCUUCGUUAUGCCAACCACGGCUCUCCUUCAAGCACAUUACUACGGCAUAAAUGGGGUUUUCACCGAUGAUUUCCCGGGAAAGCCGUUGAUGCCUUUCGAUUAUACCAAAGCUCCACUGUCCAAUCUACAAACAACCAAUGGCACCAAGGUAUACAGACUAGCCUAUAACUCAACAGUUCAACUAGUGAUCCAGGGGAACUCUAUAAUAGCACCCGAUAGCCAUCCGACACAUCUUCAUGGAUGCAACUUCUUCGUGGUCGGUAGAGGGAUUGGAAACUUCGAUCCGGAAAAAGAUCCAUUGGAAUUCAAUCUGGUCGAUCCGGUCGAACGGAACACAGUGAGCGUACCGACUGCAGGGUGGACUGCAAUCAGAUUCAGAGUAGAUAACCCAGGGGUCUGGUUUUUCCAUUGCCAUUUAGAAGUUCAUACAACAUGGGGACUUAAGAUGGCAUUCUUGGUGGAGGACGGGAAAGGCCCGAAUGAGUCGAUCGAACCGCCUCCGAGCGAUCUUCCGAUGUGCUAAACAAGGUUUCGAGACAGCUUUGAGAAUCAAAGUUUGAGGGGUAGUAGGAAGGUAAUAAACAGCAGAUGAUCAUCAAAGGAUUUGUUUGGUUUUUUUUUUUUUGGUUUUAAAGGAUUAUUUUAAUUUGUAAUAAUUUGAAUAUAUAUAUAUAUAUAUAGUCUGAGUGUAUGCAAUGGAAGUAAUGGAUAAGUGAAUGUAGCUAUCAGAGUUGUAAUCAAAAUUGGUGGUGAAAUUGAAGAUUUGGGAAACUGGAAAUCUC